UAUAUUUUAACGCUCGUACAGUUGUUAUAUUCUGAUUUUCAUAUUCAAGGUAAUGCUCCAGUAAUAAAAAUGUCAAUUAUGAAAGAUUUGUAACUUGCACACCUAAUUUCGAUCAUGGCAGUUUCACCACAUCUAAAAGACAAAAUGGUGUGAUAAGACACUCCUACUCAACACAUAGUUUUGUUAAUGCCCUGACCUGUCCUAAGAGGACCAGUAGUUGUUAAGGUCAUUCAGGCGUAAGCAGCUAAGUGUUGCCUGGCUCAGCCAGAGGGGAUUAAGGCAUGUACUUGGAAGGAGACACGACAGGCUUUUGCUAUUCUUGAUCUGCAUAGGUAUAGCCUAGGCAUAGGCAACAAUAGCUACUCUUGUGCAGGACUAGACCAUAUACAGGUCUCUGUCAUCAAUGUAAACUUUCUGAGUCAUAUUUUUUUUCUCUCUUUCGCUCCUUCAUACCUGCAAGGAUGGAUCUUGGUAAGGCAAAGCUGCUUCGGACAGGUCUUAACACUCUACACCAAGCCGUCCACCCUGUGCAUGGGAUAGCAUGGACGGACGGCAGGCAGGUCUGCCUGACAACUCUCUUCUUCAUCAAUGGUGAGGUGAAUUUUGGGGACACAAACGUUAUCGGGCAGUUUGAGCAUGUCUUCGGUCUCUACUGGGGCCCGCUGUGCUGCUCUGACUCACCGGCCUUGCUGGCUGUUCAGCACAAGAAACAUGUCACUGUGUGGCAACUGCAGCUCAGUGCGCUUGAGCAGAACAAGCUGCUGUGCACUCAGACUUGUGAGAUGAGCGAGCCUUUCCCCUUGCUCUCCCAAGGCUGUGUUUGGCAUCCUAAACUGGACAUCCUGGCUCUGCUGACCAAGAGGGACACUUCUGUGCUGUUUUCCGUCAGGGUGGACAACAGGAGAAUCAAAGCGGACGUCAAAGGUAGUGGACUUAUCCACUGUGCAUGCUGGACUAAAGAUGGUACACGUCUGGUGGUGGCUAUAGGAAGUUCUCUUCACUCUUACAUCUGGAAUGACAUCCAGAAGAGUCUGGCGGCCUGCUCCUUCUGCCCCAUCUUUGAUGUGGGAGGCUACAUCUGUGCCAUCGAGGCCACGGGGGACGCUCAGGUAGCUGUAGCUACAGAGCUGCCUCUAGAUAAAAUCUGUGGGUUAAAUGCCGGCAUAGCAUUCGACAUGCCGUCAGAUGCUGAGUCCCUGCAUAGCCAGGGCUCGCAUAUGGUCAUGUCAGAAGAAGACAACUUUCCGGACUCGAGAAGAAGAUCUUUUGAAUCAGAUAGGUCCAGCGUCACCAGCUCAGGCCCUCUAGACCUCACCCACCUCCUGGCGAGGCACCGUCGCUCUGACCCCAGCCCCCUGAUUCACCUGCGUCGCAGAGACACUAUGACAGGCUCAGGCCAGGACUCCUCACACCUCAUCCUGGUCACCUAUGAGCGUAAAGUCACUACCAGCCGCAAAGUCAGUAUCCCAGGGAUUUUGGUUCCAGACAUUGUGGCUUUUGACCCACGUGGCUCCACAGUUGCAGUGGCUUCCAACACCUGUAACAUGGUGCUCGUGUAUUGCAUCACAGCCUCCGCCAUGCCAAACAUUCAGCAGAUCUCUCUGCAGACAAACGAGAGGCCCAAAGGAGUCUGCUUCCUCAGUGACAAGAUGCUGCUGCUAAUGGUGGGCAGACAGAAGUCCAACGACCCUGCCUUCCUCCCAUCUUCUAACACAGAUAAAUAUAUUCUUCGUCUCGUAGCUAAAGAGCUGAUGCCCGAUGGAGAGACUCCAAUCCCACCAUCCCCCUCUGCUCACAACCAUGACUCUAAUUUCUGCGCAGGGAUUAGAAGGCACUCGGAGCAUCUAUCUAAGGAUGAAAGGGAGCGCCCAGGGAUUAGGGACUUGGUGUUACCUGGAGGGGCAGUUUUUCGUUCACCAAGCAACAGGCGUAAGCUGGUGGAGGAGGUGAGGAGCGGCGAGCCCAGCCCCGUCACCAGCUCUGUGGACUUCUCCGACAGAGCAGCGUCCAGUGCAUCCUCCAUCACCGUGGAGAGUUUCGACAUGGACCAUGUCAACCGUAUGACCAGUCUGGCGGUGGCCGGCCAGGCCAGCAGGGACUCCAGCCGGGCCAGCUCUCCUCGUCACGAGCCUUCGGACAAGCUCCACACAGACCCGACGCUGCCUAUGCCUGAAAAGACUUUGGGCCCCGCCAAGGAGCGUGCACUGGAGCAGCUCGUUCACAACAUGGAGAGGCUUUUUACGCGCUGUGCAGAAGUACAGCAGUGCCUGACAGAAAUCAGAGAUUUUACCCAGAAUGGCAAGAAGGCCCCGAGUGUCUACCCCAAUGCCUGUGAACCCCCGUAUGUCAAUGUCACAUGUCAGAAGCAGUUAUCGGAAAAUGUGUUCAUUGACGAGCGGAGGCCAGUGUUGCUGUGUGAUGGGAAGCUGUGUCUGCGGGCCCUCCAAGACCUCUUCAACCUAACCAUUGUGGAGAUGAUGUAUGGUCCGUUGUGGAUUGUACUCGUGGCCGAUGCAGACGGCUUUGUGCCCCUGACGUUCAAGUCCCAAGCGGAACUUACAGUGCGGAACGGGAAGCGGAAAUCUGCCCUCCGGACUCCGGAGAACUCCGUCCCAUCCAGUCCAAUCCCCAGCCAUGGCCCCAACACAACGACAGAGGCCUCAUAUAGUGCCUAUUAACACACACCUCCAUUUAUGUACUCAUGCAGUUAUAACCCUCUUACUGAAAUACAUUUGAGUGGAUCCAAGUAUGCAGUGCAGAGUGAAUGUGGCACGAACAUGUAGAGUCUCACUAAUGCAGUUGUAUGUCAAAUUAUUUUUUUUAUUGAAAAGCAGUAGUGAGUUGAAAAGGGCUGCCUAUUCACAUGUGAUGUUUACAUGUUGCUGCUUUGAAAUGAAAGCUUACCUGAAAGAA